UGGUUUCACAAUGGGCAGCCCUGUAGUUUUCGCAGUAGCCGUCAAGUUUGCUCUGUGGAUCCCGAGGCAGCCCAGUUAUAGCCGAAAAUGUCUGAACCCAAUGUGGCUGAUACUCGCCGGUUAAACUCAAAACCUCAGGACCUUACGGAUGCGUAUGGCCCCCCAAGUAACUUUCUUGAAAUCGACGUUUAUGACCCACAGACUAUUGGAGUAGGCCGGAACCGUUUCACCACCUAUGAAGUGCGGAUGCGGACAAACCUUCCUAUCUUCAAACUGAAAGAGUCUUGUGUGCGAAGAAGAUACAGUGAUUUUGAAUGGCUAAAGAAUGAGUUGGAGAGAGACAGUAAGAUUGUAGUUCCCCCCCUGCCUGGGAAGGCACUGAAGAGACAGCUGCCCUUCCGGGGAGAUGAGGGCAUCUUUGACGAAUCCUUCAUAGAGGAGCGACGGGUGGGCUUGGAGCAGUUCAUCAACAGGAUUGCAGGGCACCCCUUGGCCCAGAACGAGCGCUGCCUGCACAUGUUCCUGCAAGACGAGAGUAUCGACCGGAAUUACAUUCCCGGAAAAGUAUGAAUAAACCCCAGUGAUGCAGAGAUGUGAUGCACUCAGCCCAGAUCCUUGCUGUCCAUACUGCCUUCUCAUCCUGAUAAAGCCCAUACUGCCCUCAUCGCAGGUGACCCCACCAGCCUCGCCCAGCUACGUGCACAUUUUGUAAAUAAGGUGCUGCUCGCCUUAUGCACACCCUGUUCUCCGCAAGACACUGUUUUUUCAAUCCUGCAGUCAACACAGAAUGUGGACAGCCUGCUAGUCUAUGGUAAAAUUGUUUUGUUUUUUAUUUUAUUUUUUAAAAUCUUGACCAAAAACAUAGGCCGUGUCCAAAUCAGUGCACUUGCCUACUAUUCAGUACAGUUGUUCUGGACACUGGAUGAGAAAGUUAAGUGGGCAAAAUUUUCUCUAAAUGUAGUGUACUUAAAAUCCCAGGAUGAUAUACUUAUUUCCUGGGUAUUGCUGACUAUAUUCGGGAGCAUACUUUUCAGGAAGUAAACAACAGUGUUGGUCCCAUAUAUAUAGAAGUGAGGCACAGCUUCGUUGACGUUUUCCUUCAACAGCAAGAACACACGAGCUUGGCCGCAAGGGCGGAAUGUUUUGCGACACUUCCACAGUACUGUUGGAAAAUAGUAUGGAGGAUAUUUUUUGCAUACACUAAGAGUGUGUGUGGGUGUGUGUGUAUAUGCAGUAUGCUUAGUAGACGACAUGUACUUUGAGGACACAGUAGUUAGGACACUGAUAACAGAUUUUAUAUGUGUUCCCAUUGUACCAUUGAGCCUGGCACCUCGGUUCACACACAUUCUUGAUUAAUGGCAGCAUGCUUGGACUUUAACUUUGUGUCAUUGUUUGGAAAAUAAUUAAAACCAUGUGACAUUGUACCGGAUAAGUGUAACCACAGUCCCAUCAAAAGCUCUUUGUUUUAUUUACAAAUUAAUUGUUGGUUGUGUCUGCUUAAAACACCUGAAAUGUGAAUAAGGAAGAUUAUUUAUGGAAUUACUAUCUAUUUCUUGCAAAUGGUGGCCUUAAUCAUUUCAAUAUACAUUGUCUAAUUAAGAACAGUUUGUUACAAGAUUGCAAUUGUGGAAAGAAAAAAACCUCCACACACAGGGCAGCCCAGGUUUGAGUUUGAGAAACUGUGAUCUACUGGGUCAAAUGGCAAUCAGAGUAUUGCUGCUGUGGAGACACUGUUAAUCAUAAAAGAGAUGUAGGUAUUUAGAGAGAAAAAUACCACCACAAAUAACUGAACAUAGAGCAAUCCCACAUCAGUGCUACUCAACUGAGGGCUGCAGUGUCUGCAGGUAUUGGCUCCAACCACGCGCUACACCACUUGAUUUCAGAAAUGAUCUCAUUGGUUCAGGAAGUAAGCUCAUUAGUGCAGUCAGGCAGUGUAGUGCACGGAGCAAGGGGACGCGCUCGUUUACGGACGCCCGGGACCCUCGGAGCAGGAGCAGACCCCCAUGGUCGGAGCAGACCAGGAAGGGUGUGGCAUUGCCCCCUGUCGCCGCUUCAUCCGUGCGGGCAGGUUGGCACCUCCCGCCAGGAGGGUAAAGCCUCACGUCCUCAACGAGAUCACCUGGCAUCACUCUCGCCUCCCAUAAUCAGCCGCUUCUGGCAGUAAUAAAAGGGAAGGGGAGAUGCAGUAUGAAAAUGUAUUCCGCUUGCAUACUAUGGCCAGUAGAGACAUUUUAUUUUCUGAAAAUAUAACAAAACUACCAAAUGGCUGACAUGACAGAAAUGACUUGCUUGCCUUGCAUUAUGGUGGUCACAUAGGUGUAUUAUGGACACAUUGCUUAUAUUUAAGGACAUUGUAAGUGCCUAUGGCAAAUAACAGGGGCAAUUACACUUCCGUAGCAGAACACACAUCCACUUCUGUGGUCUGUGGGGUACAAUUGACAUGUCAGUUUUUUAAUAUGAUUGGUCGGGCCAUGUUCUCCAUCCUUCCAGUUACUUGGCUGGCUUGCCUUGCAUAGCCAGCUAUCCCAGCAUGCCUUGCGAACGCAAAAAAUUAGCUGUCAUUGAAAAUGAAUGGAGGUCAUUACAAAUUUGCUUCUCGUUGAAGGAUGUGUGGCUUUACCUCCAGGGUCCAGUUUAAAUCAAGUGAAAACUCCACCCCUAAUAGCAGACAUUCCACCCCCAGAUCCUGAAGUUGAGUUGCCCUGCCAUCAAUCUCCCUCCUUUGAGACAAUUCUCAGUAAAUGGCCCCUCCCACUUGUACAAUGGAAACCCUCCCAAAAAGUCUUCCCAAUGGUGUGAUGGACCAUUACAAUGAUAUUGUUGGGCAUUCCCUUUAAAAAUAAAAAUGUUUGCUAAUGACAAUGUAAGAUACAAAGUAGCACGCACCAAUGAGAUGGACCAUGUCUUCCUGUUCUGUAUGUUCCCAUUAAACGGUUGCUUUCAAAUAGCAGACUGAAGAUUUUAUAUCAACACGACUUUGCUCUAUCAUUGUGUAACACAACUUUGCUUUAUCAUUGUAUAUUAUUCAGCAGCUUUCUGUAUACAUAACUGCUGCCAUGUCUUUUUUAUGUUCGUGUUCAUAUCUGCUGUGAGGAAUGUAACGUCAGAUAAUCAUGUUCUUAUUAAACCACUGUGAAAAUGAA